ACUGAAGAUUAGUUAGUUCCAUCGGAUCGAUUCUGCACAUUAUAGACUUCAGAACGUAUACUUUGACCAAUUGGUAGUCCAUUACUUGGUAGAGAAUUGCUAUCGUAAUUGACCAAAACUUAUAAUAAUCUUUUAUAGAUACAUUCUGACUUUUUCAACCUAGUGAUACGUGUCCUGUUUUCCAUUGAUCAUCAUACACGAUAUGUCCUACGUUAUUUAUGUGACUGUCUUCUUCGCUCCUAGAAAAAUUAGGAUUACAUGUAGCUGGGUUUUUUUUCAGUAAAGCAAGCAGGCUGGAUCGAACCUUGUGCUUUUUGGGCCAACACUAGUUAUUCUCGAUCCGGUAAUACCAUUUUCAUGGUCGGUCUUCAAAGAUGGAAAAAAAGCAACGACUUUUCUAACUUUCUUUUGUUUGAAGUUUCUGCUAGUAAAACCGACGACCCUAACCGACCCUCUCUUGCAAAAAAGAACACACAAAUCUCUUUUACACAAACUCCAUUAAAAUGAUUUACUCCAAUUUUUAAAUCAAUAAUUGAGAGCACUACAACCUCAGAGGCUCAAGAUACAGUUUUUAAGUCAAGUUGCAGUCUUUAUUUUCUUUAUACCAAGAAAAAUAGUACUAUUAUACUCUUUGCACACACUAGUUGAACAAACUUUUUACUCUCUCACCCACUCCUCUGAAAAAUCUUUUGAUUUGCUUUGUUUGUUUUCUAUCUGUUUUGUUCUCUUCUUCUUGUUUCUUCUUCACCUAAUUAUCUUCUUCUCACCCUAAAAAUGGAUCCUUCAAUUCCAAGUUUACUCUAUACAUCCAUCUUUUACUUCACAAUAUUAGCAACUCAAACCCUCUCUCUUGAUCCAAAGUUCGAGGCUUGUGAGCCGAAAUCAUGCGGCAGAGGUCCCAAGAUCUCCUAUCCAUUCUAUCUAUCCGGCAUGCAAAAAUCCUUUUGUGGCUAUCCAAGUUUCGAACUCACUUGUGAUGAUGAUCAGAAGCUCCCUGUUCUCGGGAUAUCCGGUGAGGAUUACCUCAUCAAAAACAUAUCUUACUUGACACAGUCGUUUCAGGUCGUGAACUCAAAGGCGUCUCAUGAUGAUCCAUGUCCCAGCCCUUUGCAUAAUCUUACCCUCCACAGGACUCCUUUCUUUGUGAACCCUUCUCAUAUCAACUUCUCUAUACUUUACAAUUGCUCCUAUCACCUUCUGAAGGAUUUUACGUUAUACCCUCUUACUUGUCCUGGAAACACGAGUCUUCUUCGAUCUUUUGGUGUCUUUGACAGAGAGAAACUGGGAAAAGAGAAAAAUAUUGCAUCCAUGUUGUGCCAGAAACUAGUCGAUGUUCCUGUUUCAGCUAGUAACGAGUCUGAUAUGAAGGGUAUGACUUAUGUCGAGAUUUUGAAGAGGGGUUUUGUUCUGAACUGGACUGCAAACAGUUGCUUCCGCUGCAUUAACAGUGGCGGGAGAUGUGGAACUGAUCAACAAGAAUUUGUAUGCUUGUGUCCUGAUGGACCUAAGAUUCAUGAUACUUGCAAGAAUGGCACUCGUGCUCAUAGAGUGAAGGUGAAGGUCCUCAUUGGUGCUGCCGCUACGGUCUUGGGGUUAAUAGCUGCGAGUGUUUUUUGGUAUUUGUACCAUCGUAGGAAAACAAAAAGUUACAGAACUUCUUCUGCAUUGCUUCCAAGAAACAUCUCCUCAGAUCCAUCUUCAAAGUCUUUUGACGUUGAGAAAGCAGAGAAAUUAUUAGUAGGAGUUCGUCUUUUCUCUUACGAAGAGCUUGAAGAAGCCACUGGUAACUUCGACCCAUCUAAAGAACUCGGCGAUGGAGGCUUUGGUACCGUCUAUUACGGUAAGCUUAAAGAUGGACGAAGCGUAGCCGUGAAACGGUUAUACGACAACAACUUCAAAAGAGCAGAGCAAUUCAGGAACGAGGUUGAGAUCUUAACGGGUUUACGCCAUCCGAACCUCGUGGCUCUCUUUGGAUGCUCCUCAAAACAGAGCAGGGAUUUACUGCUGGUGUAUGAGUAUGUUGCAAACGGCACGUUAGCUGAUCAUCUACAUGGUCCACAAGCUAACCCGAGCACGCUUCCUUGGUCUACUAGGCUCAAGAUCGCUGUUGAAACUGCCUCUGCCUUGAAGUAUCUCCACGCCUCCAAGAUCAUCCAUCGUGAUGUUAAAUCCAACAACAUCCUUCUCGACCAAAACUUCAAUGUCAAGGUUGCGGAUUUUGGACUCUCUAGACUGUUUCCGAUGGAUAGAACGCAUGUAUCAACCGCACCACAAGGAACUCCAGGCUACGUCGACCCGGAUUACCACUUGUGCUAUCAACUCUCCAACAAAAGCGACGUGUACAGCUUCGCGGUAGUGUUAAUGGAGCUUAUAUCCUCGCUUCCAGCAGUCGAUAUCACAAGACCGCGCCAAGAGAUCAACCUAUCAAACAUGGCAGUCGUGAAAAUCCAGAACCACGAGCUAGGGGAGAUAGUGGAUCCGUCACUAGGGUUUGACACGGAUACAAGAGUGAGACAGACGGUGAUCGCCGUCGCUGAGCUGGCGUUCCAAUGCUUGCAGUCCGAUAAAGAUCUUAGGCCGUGCAUGUCGCGCGUGCAGGAUACGCUGACGAGGAUACAGAGCAAUGGUUAUGGUUCGGAAAUGGAGGUUGCAGAUGCCAAGAAGAGUGGACCGUUGGUUACACAGUCUCCUGAUAGUGUAAUUGUGAAAUGGGACAGUAAGUAAAUCAGUCACACGAACAGUAACAAUUGUAUGUCAAAAAAAAAAAAAGGACACUAACAUUUGUAUGUGUUGAUUAUGUUUAAAUUUUGUCAACUGACAGUUGGUGUUUGUGUGUCUGUAAUAGAUGAUAUUUUUGGGAAUGUAUAUAUGAUCUGAGUUUCUUAAAUAAAAUAGUACUCUCACCACA